CAUUCCUAAAAUUCAACAAGUAAGUGAUUUUUAGUUGAAUUUGAUAAUAUGCAUUUGAUCAAAACAAAUUAAGUUUCUUCAUCGAGACGAUGUGAAGCUGCUGAUCAAGCUCAUUCAAAAAGUAAUUGGUUGUAUUUUUUGUUUCAUCCGAUGAAAUGGGAAAAACGUAACGCGAAAGCGCUCUCUUUUAUGUGCUAGUAUCUCACAUCAAUAUGAUGAAGUAUAAAAAAUCGGAUAGAUUGCUAGAUAUACCUGAUCAAGAGGCGAUAAGAUUCUAUAAUAGUCGCUAUUUUGUUAUCAAUAAAAAUAUGCUAAAAUAUAUGGGACUAUGGCCUUACCAAAACCAGGUACAAAAAGUUUUCAUUCGAAUUGUUCUUUCAUGUGUGAUCAUCAUUUCAACCGUACCACAAGUUAUCUGUGUUGUGACAAUGAAAAAAAAUAUAGAGAGAAUAAUUGUUGCUAUUGGAACAAUAGUUUAUAUUUUUGGGAUUGGUGCAAAAUUUUUUGGAAUGAUUUUCACAGAAUCCAAGUUAAAGUUUCUAUAUAAAAAUAUAGUACAGAAUUGGAAUAUGUUAGAAAAUAAAAGUGAAAAACAUAUCCUUGAAAAAUCUUCCGAGGUGGGAAGGUUAUUAACACUAGCUUAUGUUGGGUAUAUGGUGAACGCUGGAAUAAUUUUUGUAACUUUACCACUAACUCACCACAUGUACGAUAUUAUUUGGCCUUUAGCUAAUGCAUCUCGAGCGCCAGUAUUUAUACUUGAUGGAGAGUAUUUUGUAGAUAAAAAGCAAUAUUAUUAUUAUAUCUAUAUAUUUGAAGCUUGCACUGUGCUUACAUCUAUACCUUUGUUCAGUGCGGUCGAUUCUACUUAUGCUGUUUGUAUUCAGCAGUGCGUUGGUUUAUUAGAUGUAGUUAAGUUACGUUUGAAACUUGCAACAAAACAAAGUGAAAAAUUUGAUUCAACUAUUUAUCCUAUCAAAGAUGCCUCGUAUCGAGCAAUUAGCAAAUCUGCAGAACUGCACGAAAACGUUUUAAAUUUUGGUCAGGUUUUGGAAUCAUCAUAUUCUUCAACAUUUCUAUUCGUCAUAAUUGGCAAUGUAUUAGUACUAGCAGCAGGAGCAGUAAAUAUUCUCUUCAAUUUGAACAAUCCAGUUUUAUUGCUUAGAUUUAUUUUUCUUAACAUUGGAUUUACUAUACACAUGUUUUAUCUGAGCUGGCCGGGUCAGAAGAUGAUUGACGGGAGCAAUGAUAUUUUUUAUGCAGCUUACAAUAAUCAAUGGUACGAAUGCUCAGUCGCAAGCCAAAACCUUUUGAAGUUCAUCAUGCGUCGAACCUUAAAACCUUUUUAUUUGACCGCCGGUGGAUUUUAUAUUAUGAAUUUUGAGAAUUUCAUAGUGCUUUUGAAAUCAUCGAUGUCAUAUAUUACAGUAUUCGCAUCGUUCAAUAAUUGAUUCCUGGAUUCGUUAAUCUAUGGGGCUAAGUAUAAGAUCAGAUUUAUACUAUACAGACAAACAUAUAAAUCGUGUCUGCUAUAUGCAAAUAUGUGGGAAUGUGUUCAUGGAAUUUUAACCAUUAAGGAGCGUGACGUCACUAUAUGCCGAAUUUUCUCAAUAAUUUACAUGAAAUUUUGCAAAAACAUUAAAUAAGUACUUUUAUAAUGAACGAAAACCCUCUUCUUAUACUUAUAAAUGCGUAGAAAUCGUAUUUGUAAGUUUUAAGCAAAUUCAAUGGUUAAAAAUUGGCAAAAAUUCAUUGAGAAUGUUCAAUGGUUAAUAAAAUUGUUAAUAUUAUUUAAUCAAGCGAUUCAACUGUGCGUAUUCGUAAAAGACAAUUUAAUCUUCCCAAAGCACGAAUUUGUUCUAUUGGUAGCCAACUACCAAUAAAAGGUAUAAAUAAAUGAAUAAUUAAUAAUUCUGUGUAACAAAUUAAAAUACCUUGCGAGAUAAAAAGUUCGACCUGUACGUACAGGGAAAAUUGUCAAAUGUAUAAAAUACAUUACACGAUUUUAUAUUAACAAUUAAAAGUCUUGCAAAUGUUUUAUUAUUUAUAAUUCAAAUUCUAUUGUUUAAACUGAAAAACGAAAGCCAACAGUAUGUUCUACAAGUUAAAAGCUAUCUUUUGAUAUAAAGUAAACCUAUAAUUUUAUUGAAAAUUUUGCGAUAUUAACUAAACAAACUUUACU